GCAACGAAGCUACCUACUUUGCGAAACAUUAACAAGAACUUCAGAACAUAAAAACGCCAGGUAAUCGCGGUCAACGUCCUUCUAAAUUUUAAUAUCAUCGCGCCUUCCUGAAGGCCCUGGAGGCUGCAAGGAUUUCUAACAACAAAUGAUCAGGCCGAUUUCCAUUUAAUACCUUCGUCCCACCUCCACCGCGUCCGCCUAAUGCCACGCCAAUGUCCGUGAGGGGUCGCCACCUCAAAAACAAAGCGGAUGCCUACCCGUGAUGGCGACUCCAUCAACCAGGAUAACAAGAGCCCACAUAGAGAUUCCUCUUCAUUCUUGGCCACGAUAUAUUCCCGGUUCCGGGCCUCCACCGCAGUCGAUAUCCCUCCUCCCAAUCUCCGAUUCCACGUGCUACAUCGUCAACAAGCUCGUCCUUCCGACCUCGACAGCAAUCGGCAAACACGAGCAACGCCGUCUCCAUUAUGUCAUUGCCUGGACAGACCUGCCCGCGGCGAAGGUUACGAUACCAUGCACGAAGGUCCUAGACUACGUCUCGCCCCGGGAGUUGGAAGAAUGGGAAUACAACGAUCUUCUCAGGCGCGAGAAGCAGAAAUACCAGAAGCUUGCUGAGGUCGCCCAGCCUGGCUUUGGCAAGCGUCGUGGACGUCCGCGCAAACAAGAAGAAGCCGUGCCGCCUGAAGAUGAGCUGGGCGCUGUCCUCAACCUUGAGGAGGAGGCCUUGAUCUCGCAAAAGAAGGCGUCUGGUCCUUCAUUGUCGACACCUCGGAAACGCAAGCUGGAAGACAUACUGCAAGACGAUACGGAGGCGGACGAACUCGGAGACAAUGACUCGGACGCUGUGGCGCUAUUCCACCAGCUUAAUGGUUACGGUGUGGGUGAAUCUGCAGAGGAUCCUUUGGAUGGGGAUGAAUUAGAUAUGGACGACGAGUCUGUGGACCAACUGAGCGUCCCAGCAGACAAUUCUUCUGCUGACGAACCAUCUUCACGGGCUAGCAGCUCGGUUCCGCUUGGAAAACCCUUCUUGUCGAGGAUAUCAAAUCCAGCUCGGUGGAGCGCAUUGCAACCAAGCAAACGCCCGUCUUUAGAGCCCCAAUUCUCAUCCAGAGCCUCCACCCCUUUGACGAAGAAGCAUGGGCAUGAGAAGCAAGGUUCAGCUCUACGGAACCCGUUGGUUAAUGCCUUUAACCUUUUGCUCCGUCCACCGCGCAAAGACGGUCGUCCACAAUCCCGGACGGGUACUCCCGCCACCCGCGCAACCCCGGUACAUUCGAACGGGAUAUUCCACCACCAGCAGCAACUCACUGGAUUCACACCACUCCAGCCAGUCAAAACUACAUGGGAUCAGCCUUCCGAUCGCACGAUUCGGUUGACGCCUUCGCCAUCAGUUUCCAAACAUCUUAAACGGGGCAGUACUCCAUCGUCGACGGGCUCGCGGAGGAAGACGCCCAAGUCAACGCAGAAGGCAAAGAAAAAGGCGAAGGUAAAGGAGCCGUUCGAGGAAGACGACGAGGUAUAUGAGGUUAAGGACCUCCUAGCCGAUAAGCACGAAUACGACGAGACCGGUACCUUGGUCCGGUACUUUAAAGUGCUGUGGCAAGGCGACUGGCCCGAGUGGCAGAACCCGACGUGGGAGCCCCAGGCGAAUAUACCGGACGGAUUGAUCUCGAAGUAUCUCAAGAAGAAGGAAGCGAAGUUGAAGGCGGGACACACCACGGGCCCUUCGCCUCAGAAGGCACCGCCCCCCUGGAUGCCGGAUAGGAGGUACUCCAACGUCGCAGAGGCAUUCGAGGGGGCCAUUAACGCAGCAGAGUUGAACGAUGGACAUGGACAGCAGGGCGUCCAGAACGAUGAUGACGGGGUCGAACGGUUCCUCGUGACAGAUGAUUAGGAGUAGCAGUCCAUAUCUGGCAGCACGUCCGGGCAUGGAAGGGCAGCUGGCGAUUACCAGACCAGCUUAGAUACAGGGACAGGGGGGAAUUGGCAUGCUUAUUCGUCGCAUCUCUUGGCUGGAAAUACCACCAUUUGCUGGUUCCUGAUUGCAUUGGGAGCAGGGAAGCAUUGGCGUUUGACCGAAUGACGAUGACAUGCCCGAAUUACUUAUUGAUAGGAGCCAAAUGGAUUGGGAGAGCAGUGGCACUUGUCCAAUAGUUGAUGCCAAUAAAUGAUUAAUAUUUCAUAUACCGUCUUGAAUGACAUAUUAAUCAUUGUGACUACAAAGCGUCGAUUCUUCGACAUCAGCUUUCUUAUCACUUGGUG